AGACUCUCACAUGGCACCCAACGUGAAAAACCGCGCCAAGCCGAAGCGUCCUCCAACUUGUGUAACUUGCUAAAUUCUGUCGAUAUUCUGCUGCAACUGAGCUCUGUUGUCACUUUCUUUGCCAAACUCUUAAAGUUAUUGGCGCAGAGUCUAACGUUGGAGACGUCUAGGUACGGUAGGCAGACGUAGACACAGGCGAUAUUGACGAUCUCGAACGGGACUGAUGGCAGCUGUCACAAUUCCCCUUGGCACGGAUGUUUCACCAAACAAACCCACCGUGGAGCCAGACAGCCCCAAUGAAGUAGCUCACCAACUCUCAAACGCAGAUAGCGGUAAGCUUGGCUUAUCAAACGACGACCCUGAGAUGGCGGCCACAGGCAGCGAUGGUGCGGGCCCCAGCUCGGCCCCAGACAGCCCCAGCUGCAGGACAGCCGGCAACGUGGACCUCGGCAGCGACCUGGGUUGCACGCCCCUGACAGAUGGGGUGAUCACGGAGGCCAUGCUGAACGUGGAGAGAGAGCUGCACCUGAAGAGCGUGGAAGAAGAGAAGAGACUGGAGCAGGAGUCCAUCUCGGCCUGGCAGAAGGAGCAAGAGGAGCAGCGCUACAAGCGCCUGCAGCACCUGCUGGAGAAGAGCAGCAUCUACUCCAAGUUCCUCCUCAACAAGAUGGAGGAGCAGCAGCGGCAGGAGAAGCUACGGCAAGAGAAGCGGGCCCGCAAGCUGCGAAAGAAGGAGGAAGAGGAGGAGCGGAGGAAGAAGGAGGCAGAGGGGAAGGCCAAGGGGGCCACAAGGCAGGACGAGGAGAAAGAGAACAAGGACUCCAAGGAGCCUCAGCCAGGUACUCGGAGGAAAAGUCGCUACCGGAAACAGGAGUCUAGUAGCCAAGACGUUGCAGGGAGUCCUGGAGGAUCAUCCCGUGGUAGAGGCCGCAAGAGAAUGCGGGAAGACUACAGCAUUGCCGACUACAUUGAUAAAUCUACUCUCACGUCCAAACGGCCGAAACCUGACACCACCGUGGCCGAAGACUCAGGGACACAGGACACGGGUAAACGCCUGCCGGCGGUGAAGAACGAAAAUGCUCAGGAUAGCCAAACGGAGACAACUCAGGGGAGCUACUCAGCAGGCGAAGAGGCAAAACCAGAGGCAGCCGCCUCGCUAAAAGCUGUUGCCAAGCAGACAGAAGAGUUUGUGGACUCCUUCAGCCGCACCAUCAACGGCGAAAAGAUCUCGGACCUCCAACCGGACCUCUUCAUCGGAGGCUGCCUGCGCAAGUACCAGAUUGAAGGCAUCGAGUGGCUCAAGGUUUUGUAUGAGAAUGGUGUGAAUGGCAUCCUCGGCGAUGAGAUGGGCCUGGGGAAGACGGUUCAGUGCAUCGGACUGUUUGCUCACAUCAUCAAGAUGGGAGUGCCCGGACCCUUUCUGGUAGUGGCUCCCCUCUCCACCCUCUCCAACUGGAUGUCUGAGUUCAAGCGGUUCACACCAUCGAUCAAGGUCAUCCUGUACCACGGCACCCCAGAGGAACGCCAGACACUACGCCGGGAGCUCCGCAAGCCGUCGGGGGAGUACAGGACCCUACCGGUGUUGGUGACCUCCUAUGAGAUCGUCAUGAUCGACCGCCGACACCUCUGCAACCACCUCUGGAAGUACAUCAUCGUGGACGAGGGCCACCGCAUCAAGAACCUCAACUGCAGACUCAUCAGAGAGCUGAAAAUGUACCAUUCGGCCAACCGUGUCCUCCUGACGGGAACCCCCCUUCAGAACAACCUGGCCGAGCUCUGGUCUAUGCUCAACUUCUUGCUCCCAGAGGUCUUUGACGAUCUAAAGACAUUUGAAACAUGGUUUGACUUCUCAACUCUGACCAAGCAAGGCGGCGAUGAAGCCAUUGUAGCCAAGGAAAGGGAACAACACAUCGUCUCCAUGUUGCAUCAGAUCCUGAGCCCCUUCCUCCUCCGUCGCCUCAAGUCAGAUGUGGAGCUCAAGGUGCCCCCGAAGAAGGAGAUCCUGGUCCAGGCUCCACUGACCGCCAAGCAGGCCGAGCUGUACGGGGACCUGGUGGACAAAACCAUCCUGGCCAAGAUGUGGGAGAAGCACGUCGCCGGGCCCGACCCAACCGGGGAGACCGAGGUGGGGGCGGAGCCGAGUGGGGCCAGGGGGCGGGCCCGCCGGAAGUGCCGGGUGGAGGUGGACUAUGCCCUGAUGGGAGACCAAGGCGGGGGAGGCAAAGACGAUGACGACAUCGAGGCAUGGGUGGAGAAACUCACCGAGCAAGCCGAACGCUGCCAACAAGCUGCCAAGAAGGAGCCGAAGCAGAAGCCCAAGGACGUGGAGUUGAACAUUAAGGUCAAGAGCAUCAUGAGCCAGCUGCGCAAGGCCUGCAACCACCCCUACCUCCUGGAGUACCCGCUGGACCCCCUCACCCAGGAGUACCGCGUGGACGAGAACCUGGUGGCCAACAGUGGCAAACUGCUGGUGCUGGAGAGACUGCUGCCUGCGCUGAAGAAAAAGAGCCACAAGGUUUUGAUUUUUUCUCAAAUGACAAAGAUGCUGGACGUCUUGGAAGACUACUGCUAUCUACGCAAGUACCAAUUCUGCCGCCUGGAUGGUACGAUGAAACUAACAGACAGACAAGAGCAGAUCGAUGAAUUCAACAAGAACCCAGACGUCUUCCUGUUCUUGCUCAGCACCAGAGCCGGAGGGCUGGGCAUCAACCUGACGGCAGCCGACACGGUCAUCAUCUACGACAGUGAUUGGAACCCCCAGAGUGACCUGCAGGCCCAGGAUCGCUGCCACCGCAUCGGCCAAACCAAGCCGGUGGUCAUCUACCGCCUGGUCACAUCCAACACCAUUGACCAGAAGAUUGUGGAGAGGGCUGCAGCCAAACGCAGGCUGGAGAAGAUGGUCAUCCACCAGGGUAAGUUCAAGGGUGGCAAGAGUAACUUGGCCCGGGACUCAAGCGCCCUCAUCAACCCGGCCGAGCUCCUGGCACUGCUGCGCUCCACGGACCACAGCGGCUUUGUCCGCAACUGCAACCAGAAGGUGAUCAGUGAUGCCGACCUCAGGCUGCUGCUGGACCGCAGUGACCUGCUCGCCCGCUGGAAGAACCAGGAGAAUGGAGCGGCUGCCGGCGCCGUUCCAAAGGCCGGGGCCAAGAAAGCCGGCAAGAGAAGCGCCACCCGCUCCAGCGUCUUCCAAGUUCUGGAUGAUGGGACGGGGGAUGAUGCUGGCGAGCUGAGGAUUGGCACAUGAUGAGGGUAUGUCGUGAUGAGAUCAAGCACAACUGAGAGUGAGCUUCUUGCCCAGCACUCGACAAACUAAAGUCCAGCUGGCACGGGCUGAGUUUUCAAGCACUGCCAUAGAAGCAUUAGUUUGGAUGUGGUCGGAAUAGUACAACGUGAUUGGUUGUCAGGCAGAAUUGCACAUCUCUCCACUAACACCGUGCCCUAACUAGGUGUGUUGGGAUAACCCCAGAACUCUCGGCUUGUCAUCAAAACUUUGUACUACUGACUAGCCUGAGCUAGCUGGUAUUUGAAAUGUGAACUAGAGUUGAAAUGAAAGAAAUACUCACCUGUCCAAACCCCUCCCCCCCAAAAAAAAGGUACUUGCUUUGAUAUUUAGGUUUAGCCUUCCUUUUUUUGAAGUCAUUUCGUAUAAGUGUAUUUCUUUAUGGCAGCUGUACACUAAAAGAUCGUUUUUUUGGAAUUCUUGGUAUGAAGCUGACCCGUGUGGUGGUUAUUGCCGUAUUAAGUCCACACACUGCCCACAUUCUACCGCACAAGAGCCAGUGAAACAGUUUUAUUUAGAAAAGCAUUACUUUGCUAUCAUUUGGAACGUCAGUGUUGCCUUUAGAGAGAGGAAAAGCAAAACCUUGAAGGAAAAGAUUAAAUUAAGUUUUAAUCAGUAUAUUUACCAAAGAUGGGCCUUGCACUGGACUCCAAACAAGACUGAACUUCCACAAUUAAAGUAGGAGAUUUGAAAAUGUCACAAGGAAGCGUGCCCAAUGUCAAGUUCGGUCCUGUAACAUAGGCAAAAACAUUUUUUUUCCGUAGAAGGUUGAAGGUACAUGCAAUGCAGACAGCUAAAGAUGCCUAAAAAUGCCUUUGUCUAAUCGGAUACAAUUUUCACCCCUUUUGGUGAGUUUCUUUGUUGUAUUUUUUACUUUACAGUUAAUUACUUUGCUUCUGCGCGUUCCACAGAAAUAUGUUAAAGUAUUCUGAUUAUGUAGUUAACAUGUAGUAACUAGAGCUCCUUUCGUACUCAAACCACUUGUUAGAUUGUUAGUUGAUACAUAUACAUUAUUUCAUGAUGAAUUCUCUGUUGCCAAAAACUACCCCUGAAAGAGCCAGGGAUUUUUGGACCAUCUCGCAGCUGGGGAAUCCCCCCCUUCCCAAACCUUUCCAGGCCUGAUCAUUUUCAAACUUUAAGCAUGCAGGUAUUAAGUCACUCAUUGGUGUCAGAAUUUGUCUCGUAAUGACAACAAGAUGUUACUGAAAAACUCGACCAUUUCCUGCUGGGUGCUUUUAAAAAUGCAAUGCCUACAUACAGGUGAUUUAGAAGAUUUUCCGUUUUCAACAUUCUUCAAAAAUUCAUCAUUUCAUUUAGUGGACAUAAAUGACUGUCUGGUGGCUAC